UUUAAAUUCAAAAUGGCCCCUACCAUGCAGGAUUACGAAAGAUUACGAUUACUGAAUGUCAUGCAUAAAUAUUCGUGUUUUUACCCCAAUAAAAACUGUGACAUAGAAUGAAAUUGUUGCGAAUUAAGAUGUAAACUUGUCCAAAGAUGUCUGGUUUGCUGGCUAAAUUAAGAUUGACAAAGACAGCCGGUUGUACAUGGUCAAAGUAUGCUUGGAUGAAAAGGCGUCUACUACAAUCUAAAUGGUCAGUCCUGCGGUCACCGGCUGAAAGCCACCUUUUCCAGCCAGUAUAUCAACAUGCAGCUACAUUCUCUUCAUAUUUUGAUGAGACUUGUUAUCAAGAUACAAAAAUAAAAAGCUUUAAGAAGAAGAAUAACACCUUCAAUGAAAACAAAUCAUUCGAUACAAGGAAAGAAUCACAUAGGAAGUUUAAAAAACAUGGUUUUAAUGAUGAGACCUUCAGAAAAGAAAAAUCAUUCGAUACAAGAAAUGAUCAAGUGAAGGAAUACAGAAAACCCUUUAAGAAGGACACUCGCCAUAACAAUGAAACAUAUAGGAAGUUUAAAAACCCUGAAUUUGAGGAUGAAACCUUCCGAGAAGAAAACUCAUUUGAUACAAGAAGUGAUCGAAUGAAGGAAUACAGAAAACCCUUUAAAAAGGACACUCGCCAGAACAAUGAAACAUUUAGGAAGUUUAAAAAACCUGAAUUUGAAGAUGAAACCUUCCAUAGAGAAAACUCCUUUGAUACUAGAAAUAAUCGAAUGAGAGAAUACGGAAAACCUAUAAGUAAAGAAACCAGCCUUAAAGAAUUGCACGGGAAAAAAUUCUACAAAGACCCUGAACUUAGCUUCGACGGUGAAGAUGAUGGCCAUAAUAAUCGCAAUUUUCCUUCAACAGAAAAUGGACAUCUACAGCUUGACAUUCAAGAUGCUGAACUCAGCCUAAGGCUGGAUGCAGAAGACUCCGGUGAGAGCAUGAGUCCGGAUGUUAACAUCAGAAGGUCAAAACCAACAAAAUCGGACAGAACUGUAAAGCCUUCUAAAAUUAACAGAUCUGAGUACAAGAGGGAAGGCAUUGAAAGUAAAAGGAAUGACUCCGCUAAUAAAUGGAUAGAUACAUUUGGUACGAUGUCUCCAGAUGAGGACUUGGGUAGUGUUACAGUGAAUACAGCGGAGAAAAACCUGAGUUACAAAAGCCUUGAAAAGGAGGACAAAAAUGAUGAGUUGGGAUUUCUCAACCAUAUAAGAUUGAGUCGCUACGAUGACCGCAAGGACCAUCGCCAUACCCGUCGCCAACCGCCAGUGUGGUACGCCAGGCAAAUCAUGAAGUUUGAGAAACAGGGGAAGGUAAAGGAGGCGAUCGAGGUGUUUGACAAGUGGAUGAUACAGAACGACCGGGUGAUGCCAAAUGGGUAUGAGAUGUCAAUUCUUAUUAGACUACUGGGCCGUUGUGGAUACACCUUAAAGGCUUUUAAACUGUACAAGCAGAUGCACAAGAUGGGUGUGUUUGUUCGACCACAGACCUACACCAGUCUCUUUAAUGCUUGUAUCAACUCCCCCUGGCCCGAACAGGAUGGACUCAAACACGCUAGACAGCUACGUCAAGCCAUGCUGUUCUCCAGAUACAAACCCAAUUACAUUAUAUACCAGGCUAUGAUUCAAGCGUUUGGUAGAUGUGGUGACCUGAACACGGCCUUUAGCCUAGCUGAUGAAGUGGCCCAGUUAAAAGUUGAUGACAACUUAUUGAACUGCCUCCUCAUGGCGUGCAUAUCGGACAAAACGUCAGGAUUUAGGCAUGCCAUUCUUGUUUGGAGAAAGAUGUUGGAUAUGGGAGUGAGGCCAAGCCUGAACAGUUUCAACCUUUUGCUGCGUACUGUGAAAGAGUGCGGCAUUGGUCAGGCAGCAACUUUUGUCGAGGCCAUUACUGGGGAAACGGCAACCUUUUCACCAUCCCUUACUGAGGAAACCAGGACAUUUGCACCGACCCAAUCAAAUGGGUCACAUGAUUUUCAGGUGUCAGACAAAAGUGGUGGUGUGAAAAUUACAAAUAUUAAUAGAAUAAGUGGAAGUUUGAAAUCCAUGAAAAAAGAGAGACAAUUAAUGGAUACCAAGUUACAGAGUGAUUCAAAUACCAAUGAUAAUCUGGAGUUAAGAAAAGAUUGCCAGUUACAGAAUGAUGUUUAUGCUAGGUCAGAGUUUGUUGAAAUUGACUCAUUCUUAGAUCGGUAUGAUCAUUCACUGACUGACGAUUUAGGAGUUAGUGAUCACAGUGGAGAGAUAGGUCUAGUUGAAGCUGACUUUGACGAGGAGAAGUGUGAUGAUGAUGAACUAGAAGCAGCUAUUGACUUAGAUGCUGUACAGGGAUCAUCGGCGGUGUCGAAAGAAAUGAGUGAAAUGUCUACAGCUAUCGAAGAAAAUAAACCUUGGUGGGAAUUUGAUGUAUUCUUUGAUGGUGAUAGUACUUCAGAGGUGGAACUAAAGGAAGUUUUACCUUCAUUACCAGAUAUUCUGGAUCCCAGGGACAAUAGUCCCAUGCCAAAUCUGAACUAUAAAUGUGUUGACGGGCCUAUUGAGAGAUUCGCAUUGCUUGGGGGGAUUAAUGGGUUUCUGAAGUCAUUGUCACGCCACGGUCUUAAACCCGAUUUGAUAACAUUCAGUCAGAUGGUUGCGGCAAUUCCGUUGAAGGAUGCGGGAGCGAAAGAUAUGAUCAUUGCCCUGUGUAUGUCAGAGUCAAAAACUGACACAGACUUCUAUAACCAUCUGAUACGAGAAGUGGUUAGACAGAACCAGAAACCUAUGGCAUUGAGCAUGGCCACGGAGAUUGUUAAAACGAUGAAAUCACAGGGUUUGGUUCCCAACAUUAGAACGUAUGGGGUACUGGCACAUUGCUGUAAGGACAGACAGGAUGGAAUGAGGCUACUGGAUGAAAUGGAGGCAGCGAACCUGAUGCCUACAGCGCUAGUCUUCAGUAACCUAUUCUUCACGGCAAAUCGGCACUUUGCGUACAAACGAGACUUGUUGCUUAAGAUGCAGGAAAUGGGUGUGAAGCCCUCGGAACACUUCAUACUAAUAGCUGAGCAGUUUCUAAUGAGAGUCAAGGCCGAGUCACACACUUUGAAUUCAAGGGUGAUGAAGGAUUUCAUGUUUUACAUAAAAGUGUACGAAAGGUGGUGUAAGCACAAUGCUGUGGAAGUCCCGGACCAUCCGUGGAAAACAUUCCGGGAAGAGAAGAAAGAUACACAGGAACAAGCUUAGAGUUAUUGCCCCUCACUGUCAAGAAAUAUAAAUAAAUAUUAUAACAAGA